CGGCCUCGUCUUCUUCCUCGUCUCUCAGAUAUCCCCAAUUCCUCCUCUUCUCCUGCUCAUUCUCCUCAAAAUGCUGCGUUCGUCCGUCUCCCGCGCUGCCGCUGCCGCUCUCCGCCGCUCGGCCGCCUCUUUCGCCCAGAAACAGUCCGUCGCGAUCAGAAUAUCCGCGGCCCGCCCGCUCCUCCUCUCCUCCUCCUCCCCAUUCACUCCCUCCUCCUCCCUCCUCUUCUCCCGCGCAUACUCCGCCGACGCAGGCCUCUCCCGCGACGAGGUCGAGGCCCGCAUCCUCGAGGUCGUCAAGUCCUUCGACAAGGUCACCGACGCCUCCAAGAUCACCCCCGAGGCUUCCUUCGCCGCUGACCUCGGUCUCGACUCGCUCGACGCCGUCGAGGUCGUCAUGGCUAUCGAGGAGGAGUUCAGCAUCGAGAUCCCUGACAAGGAGGCCGACGAGAUCAAGUCUGUCGGCCAGGCCAUCGACUACAUCCUCGCCCAGGCCGAUGCCGUCUAAAUCUUCGCUCUCGUUGUAUAUAUACACAU